AUGCCUCCUCCUAUUACCUUCUCUAGCCAGGAUCUGAGGGCUUUGGGGAUAACCCCCGACAUGCCCAUCGCUUUGAUAACAGCACGGCUCCGGGAGAUUCACAGCCUCACACAGCGCGGUAUCCCAUUACCAAUACCACAAGAGCAGAAGCACCCCUGCCGCAACUGUCUCGACAGCUAUCACAAGACGGAUAACUGCCCACAUCCCUGCGGCCACUGCGGCCAGGACUGGCACACCGUCGACGCCUGCACCAGCUCCAAGCGCAACCGCUGCCGCUGCCGCCCCUUCCCCCAACAGCACCUCACCAAGAAAUGCCCCAGUGUGUGUAACCCAGGCGAAUGCCCCGCCUUUCACAUUGGCGACAAGAUCACCGCCAUGAUAUGUAAUGCCCGCUGCUGCAUGUGUGGUAUUCCGGGCCACGCCGGCCGAGAUUGUCACCUGAAGAAGUGCCGUUGCGGAGUGGAGCACUUGACUCUGGACCACAUGCCAAUGGAUCGGCAAUGCGUCGUGGUCAACUGUCCGCGAUGGUUCUGCACCAAGCAUUGCCAGGCCUGCGAGGCGGAGCUGAAGAAACUCAACGAUGAGGUAUGCCAGGGCUGUGGUACAAAGCAGCAAAUGCGUCAAUCUGUGCCGCGGAAGCAUCUGUGGACGAAUCCCGAUUUCGAGUAUGUGGAGGCAGCGUUGGCAUGGGGCAACAGCAAGUAUGGCAGGGCUAUCUUCGGCCAAAGCGUCGCAUUCGAUAAUCGGUCAGUGGAGGAAAACCCGGGAUCCAGAGAAGUAGAGAGUGGUUGGCUGGAGGGGAGACGGCUUUAA